CGACGAAAGGCCGCCUCCGACGGACGACGACGGGAAAUUUUCGCAUUCGAAUGUCACUUUUCCGCACCUUUCUUGAGCGAGUGUGUUGUGUGUUGUGCGAAACAAUAAUCCGGAAUUUGCAGAUAAAAUUGCAUUCGAUCGGUGAAUUUGGCACCGCCAGUGUGUUCACGCGUAAAAAUAGCAUCGGACGGAGGUGUUUUCGUGCCGUGAAAGUUAUGCAAAAAUAGUUUUUUUCCUCGGUCGAAGUUUGGUGGUUCUCGCAGCUUCCCGUCGCUUUUUCGGCUGACACAUUCGGCGGUCAGGUUGUCGGUCGGUUUGGUAGUGUUCGGGUUGUUGGGGUUUGCUAGGUUUCGUAAGUAAGGUUGUUUGUUGUUACGAGGAACGUACCGUUCCGCUCCGCCGUAGACCGUAGGAAGUAGGUAGCGCAUAUUGUGAGGAAUCAUGGCAUCACCGUUGGAGCAUUACGUCAAUCACGUCCGGACGAUGAGCAAUGCCGGAAACUUUCGUGAGUUGGUAGAAUAUUUGCUGGAAUCGACAGAGCUGCUGGCCAAGAAUGGGAACAUCUUGGACAAUGUGCUGGAAACGUUGGACAUCCAGCAGCAUUCGCUGGGGGUGCUGUUUGUGUUGGUUGUCAAGUUCAGCGAACCGAAUAAUCACGACGAUACCGAGAACGUGUUACGAGUUGUCCGAGAGUUUAUAACUUUAUGCAAUGGAGAGCAGGUCCGAUUUGCUACACAACCAUACUUUGAGCUCUGCCACCAGUUUACGUCGGCGCUGGUCAAGAACAAACAGCACACCAUCCAGGGCAUUCAGGUACUGUCGUUGGCCGUAGAGAAGAUCCGAAUGUGCGACAACCAGCUGACGCCCGUCCAUGCCGAUCUGUGCCAACUGUGUCUCAGCGCCAAAGUAUUCAGUCCGGCACUGCGUUUCCUGGAUGUGGAUAUCGCCUCGAUUUCCACCACCGAAGACAGUAAUCACGACACAAAGUACUUCCUGCUCUUCUACUACUACGGUGGAAUGAUCUACGCGGCGGUCAAAAACUUCGAACGUGCUCUGUACUUCUUCGAGGUGGCCGUCUCCACGCCGGCACUGGCCAUGUCCCACAUCAUGCUGGAAUCGUACAAAAAGUACAUCCUCAUUUCGCUAAUACUACACGGGAAGGUCGUGCCGAUUCCAAAGUACUCCUCCCAGGUUAUCUCGCGGUUUAUGAAACCGCUCAGUCACGCGUAUCACGAUCUGUCCAGUGCGUACAACAGUUCCAACAGCGACGAGGUCCGGAAUGUGGUCAACAAGUACCGAGAUUCGUUCAUUCGCGACACUAACAUGGGCCUUGUCAAGCAGGUCAUCUCUUCGCUGUACAAGAAGAACAUCCAGCGCCUGACAAAGACGUUCCUCACGCUAUCCCUGGCCGAUGUCGCCAGUCGGGUGCAACUUUCGGGACCAGCCGAAGCCGAGAAGUACAUUCUCAACAUGAUCAAAUCAGGUGAAAUAUUUGCCUCGAUCAACCAAAAGGACGGCAUGGUGGUGUUCAAGGACGAUCCGGAAAAGUACGACAGUCCGGAUAUGUUCCACCAGGUGCAGCAGGAGAUCGGUCGCGUGAUGGAACUGAACAAACAGAUCAUGAAGAUGGAGGAGGAAAUCAUGCUCAACCCAGUGUACGUCAAAAAAUCGAUGGGUAAUCAAGAUGACGAGGUACUCGGUGGUCAACAUUCGAAGUCGUUCGCUGGCGACCCCACCGAAUAAUGCAACCAGCGGGUGGACUCAACCCAAACGACUGACAACCCAGGAAGCUAGCAGUAGCCGUAGCAUCAGCAGAAGCAACAAAAAACCAUUUAGCCAGUAGUGUAGCUAAGUAGCAAAACAAGAACGACGUCAUCAUUAGAGCAGUCGCACGUGCCACAACCAUGCCGUGAAACAUGUGGUAAGCACCUUAACAAAACGAUCAAUUGCUACACCUAAGAGCUACGCGCGCAGAUAAGAAGAAAUCGAAAACAAAUUAAUGGAAAAUCCAGUCAUACUGAAAACUAUCCCACAUUCACUCAAAGAGAAGAAAAAUCAAUAAGAAUCGCAUCGAAAAUACUGGAAAAUAAAGAAACCCUAGUUACAAUUGA